CCAGACGACCUCGUUCGAUCCUGCGCCUGCUUCGCCUGUCUUGGUUGCGUGCUCCCUUCACGUCGUGCCGGAUGUCUGGCUCUCGGACGUGAUUUUCGGCUUCGCUCCUAGCUUGGGAUCUCCAUUUUUAGUCGUUCCGCAACGAAGUCAUGAAGUUACCCCGUCAUACGAACCACCGACGGUGAAUCUACCCCCUCCCCCUUUCAUUACUACGCCUAUUUGAUCGCCCCCCCCUGAGUUUUCCUGGCUCGCUGGGCAUCACAAUGAGUUUUCUCGAUUCCGUUCUUUCGUCCAUCGAGACGGGCAAACCCUCUCGCUUGCCACCCACCUCCGUCGCUCCGUCGCCUCCUGUAUCCUCCUCGACUGCGAAGGCAGAGGUUCGCAGGCCGAUCCCCGUUUCUCGAGAUGUCGCUACCGAGCGCAAACCUCUUGCCACAGGAACAAAGCGCAAAGCUGAGGAACCGUUAACCCGUCCUGCGGCAAGACCUGCACCUGCAGCGCCUGCCAGGACAACUACCACCACCACCACCACGUCAAGAUAUGUGCCCACGGCCACGAAACCCCGUUCAAAUGUGCCUUCCAGACCCACUGCGACGACUGCAAUCAAGAGUCGUUCGUCAACUCCUCAGAAGGCACCCCCCAUGUCUUCUUCCAAGGCCCCCCCUAAAGGCUCUUACGCGGAUAUCAUAGCGCGGGCCAAGGCAGCCCAGGAGAAAGCCCCCACCACAGUGGGUAUGUUCAAACACCAGGCUGCUCCGAAAGAAAAGAUCAGCAAGGUGGAACGCAAGAAACGUGCGAUCGAAGCACAGACCAAGGAGAAGGAUGCCCGGUCGGGGAAGAAACCUGGAACUGCCCCUGGCGCAACCGCGAACGUCAGAUCCGGAGACAGCAAACCUGCGAAGAAACGAGACCCCGAGGUGCCCUCCUACAAGGGCACUGCGAGACCAACGCCAUCUUCGGGACAGAGCGAGUACCGUGGAACUUCCGGGCUGCCGGCUCGAAAGAACCCUGGUGACCGACACGCACAGUCUCGGGCCAACAGACGGUCUCGGAUGGACGAGUACCUCGGAACCGAUGAAGAAGACGAAGGCGAAUAUGCAGAUGACUACGACGACUAUUACUCGGAAUCUUCGGAUAUGGAAGCCGGCCUGGAUGCCAUGGAGAGGGAGGAAGCGGAUGCAUUGGCCGUGGCGAGACGGGAAGACGAGGAAGAAUGGAAGGCAGAGGAGAAGGCCAAACAGGAAAAGAUGGAACGCCGCAAGAGGCUCGCUGAACUGUCCUCGCGACGAUAAUGAGGUUGCCCAUCACCAUCACUCAACGGCCGAUCUAAUCAACAUUUCCCCGACCUACCAUGGCAGAUUGACUGGCUUGAGCAUUUGCUUGAUUUUUUCCCUUUGUUUUUUUGGAAUGGAGCAUCAGCGAGGAAUACCCCGAGGGUGCGUUACAUCAGACGUUGCAAGUCUUCUUCUUUGUGUUUGUUUAUUCAUAUAUGUGUUUUUUCCCAUUUCCCCAAGAGCAUCAGCAGCGAGCGUCAAGGUGUCGAUAGAUGGUGGGCGAGUCUCUUUCUUUUCAUUCACAUAUUUAUACACCCGCACAUCCCCCUGAGUAACAUAGCAGCGGGCGUCACUGUUCUCUUGUUAUUACUGUUGUUAGUACAUUGCUAGCUAGCUUUGUGUGAGAUUGAAUCAACGCAUUCCCUG